GGUUCCCCGGUCGACCCCCCUCCCUCCCCUCUGUUUACUCCCUGCUCGUCCAAAAGUCCUGGAAGAACCAGCCGAUGAAGAAACGCACGCUAUCUGUCCGUUCGGUGAGCCGAGAGUCCGCGCCUCGCGUGGCAAAGGAAUCCGCGCGUGGCCGUGGACUAAACUCCAGCACGAGAGGAAAUAGUGACACAAACAGUGAGGUUUGGAGCCCAAAGCUGAGUGGACCUUCACACUGUCACCCUCCAGUCUCCUGGGGUCAGCUAUUCUGAUCUGCUGUCAAAAUGACCUCACGACAGGGAGACAUUCCAGCACUCGAGUCGGGCACACCGUUGGGUCUGUUCGGCACCUGUGCGUCUCCGAUCGGAUUGAAUAGGCGCAAUGUAAGCUAUGAUGAGCUCAUGGAUGCCACGGUGCAUUCAUCACCUCCAGACGUGGCCGUCAACAUCUUUUGGAAAGACCCUGUCAUCCCACGGCACAAGUUCAGGAAAAAUGCAGAGGAGGGCCAGAUUGACGGGAAGUUGCUGGCUUUUGAGGCAGCAUCGCCAGUCAAGUCCCCGGCGCCCGUUGUGAAAGCCAAAGCCACCUCUUUAGUGAGCGAACUGAUGAUCAAGCAGACUCACGAGAGCCUCCAGAAGUUUGAGCACCAGGCAGGUCUCACUGAUGCCGGGUAUUGUCCCCACAAGGGGCUCUCUGCUGAGGAGACGCGCUUUCACCGACUGGUCGACGGCACAUCGAAGUUGAGAAUGCCAAGCGGGGACUUCAAGGAGGACAGGUGUACAACAUCAAACCAAUCCACCCCUUCUGUCACCCCCUCUGUCACCCCCAGCGUGACUCCCCACUCAUCACCGGCAGUUAGUCGCAGGAGCUGGUUCCAGCAGAGUCCUGUUCCUUUUCUUCCAAACCCAGAGCUUCACAGUCCCAACCACAGCACAGACAUGGGAGGAAAUGAGGGAAGAGGUGGAGCAGAGAGGUGGAGCUUCUUUGGAUCUCGAUCUGUGGUACAGAAGUCCCCCACUGACCCAGGCUGUGAAACCAGCACAGGCUUCUCACUGCAGUCCUAUUUAGGCAUGCAUAAGUCCUCUACCAUGGAUGGCACCAACACCCAGGUCAACUUCAAGGUGGACGACCCUGCCAAUUUCAACCCGCCUAAGAUUGAAAUCUCUGGUAUUGAGACCAAGCAGGCCCCCACAAAGCCACACAAACUAAAACCUCGGGACAUGAAUGUUUUAACACCGUCGGGCUUCUGAAGACCAGCUGUGUAGUAACACCUCUGCACCAUAUCUUUUAACAGUUUGGUUUCCUCCUGACUGCUUUUUGGUCCCCCUCUUCAUCCUUGCAAAUCCUCUGAGGCUGACGAGAAAGAAAGCCUCCCCCUCCCCCGUAGUAUUAGCAGGCCAGCCCCAGAGACAACCCUGCACACUUACUCCUCCCAGCGGACCUACUCCGAUGCCAUCUUCUGUCAGUCCAUCCCCUUUCUAUCUCCUCCAGCCGAUUGGUCCAAAUAAAAACCCAUAUUCAGUAGCUUUUCAUCUGUAAAGGUUUUACUUUGUAGUGUUGUUGUUGUUGUUCUGAAACAUAAUGGGUGCAUCAACAUGCAUACCCUUGCAGUCCAACAUUGAAGUUGUUGAAAUAUUUCCUUCCUAAGUCCUUUGCUCAAACUAAUCACUUUAGCAUUGUUUCUAAUGAAACUGACCAGCUGUUUCAAUUGAUAAUUCUCAAUUGCCUCAGUUUAUUUUAUUUUGAAUAAGCACGCAGGUCUGUAGUUGUGUAGUCCUUUGCUCUGUAAGCAUGCUGAGUAUGGUGUCGGAUGGCUGAUAUGUGUCUCAACUUCCAGCAUGUUUGCUUUUUGGCGUUCUUGUCAUUAAAGUAAAGCUCUUUUUUUAUUAUUACUACACUAUGAAAGAGCAUCUUAUUUUUCUUUGUGAGACAGUAUGACUGACCUUUUUAUUAUUAUUUUGUUAUGAUUUCAACUGCAGCUUUUUUCAGUAUUCUGCAUUAGAUCAACAUUGAGCAUUUUAAAUAAUGGUGUAUUCUGUUUAUCACAUUUUUAUAUGCAUCAGAAAGUAGUUUGAACAUGCUAUGAAAAUACAGAGUGGCACAAUAUAAGAAUUCUUGCAGUUUUUAAAAAUGUUGAAUGCUAGUACAUAAAUGCACAAGGGAGAUGCUCUCCAACUUACAUCUGUAAAUGAAUCUGAUAAUAACAAGCAAAA